AUGUAUCUUGAAUCAAAGCUUUCUGUGCAAAGCUUAGUCCUCCUUCUGAAAGGAUUCUAUGAGAUGGUUGUGAGAAUAUCUUGUUCUCUCUAUGUCACUUCAAAUAGUUUCUUUUCUAAGAUUUCUGACUUGGGUUGCAUGCUGGAUGACAUGAUUACAUCUGAUACAAGCUCUGAAAAGGAAAACUGUAUUUUUGCAAUGGGAUCCCAAAUGAAACAAAAAUUUCAGAAAUAUUGGGGAGAUCCAGAGAAAAUGAACUUCUUGAUAUUUUAUGCAAAUAUCUUGGACCCUAGGGAUAAGAUUGAGUAUAUGUCUGCCCAAUUUGCCCAACUAUAUGGCGAAGAAAAAGGAAAAUCGUGCUUUGAUAAGGUUCAAUCUUCUAUGGUUGAGCUUUUUAAUGAUUAUGCAGCCACCUAUACUGUCCCCUCUAGUACUGUCACCUCUGAACCAGUUAAUGUCCAUUCUCAGACCUCAGUAAGUUCAGUUGGAAGACCUCAGUCUAGAUUGAAAAGCCAGCUGAAAAAACAGAUAAUGGAGAGUGGUGGAAGUAGUAAGCAGACUGAACUGCAGAUUUAUCUAAGUGAAAACAUAGUGGAAGAUGGAGAGAAUGGAGAGUUUGAUGUGCUUAGGUGGUGGAAGCUUAACAGUGAUAGAUUUCCAAUUCUAUCUAAAAUGGCAAGGGAUGUGCUAACUGUUACAAUAUCAACUGUUGCCUUUGAGAGUGCAUUCAGUACUAGUGGUAGGGUAUUAGAUGCCUUUAGGAGUUCCUUAACUCCUAAAAUUGUGGAAGCCCUUAUCUGUGCACAAGAUUAG